AAUUCAGUGUCAAAAGUUAGUAUUGAAAUUUUCUCACAAGUUUAAGCUGUUUCAUGGACUCAACCACAGUUUCUGACAAAUAUGGUGGAUGUGAUAGGGAAGCGCUAUUUACGUUAACACCCUCUAGAAAGUGCUCCGAUAUCCGAAAGGAAGUUUUAACAAGUCAGCACUUAGAGCUGUCAACCUGCAGCUGAUUUCCAUUUAAAUUAAUGUAGCGAGUAACGUGGCUUAUAUGUGCACAAAAUCUGUUAGCGCCUGCGCGCUCCUGACUGUGGGAUUGUUACGAAGUGCACGUACUGUUUUAAGUCUUGGGCUAAGCUUUGCGCUUUACACUUAGUCUUCCAGACAAAGCACCUUGCAUUUUCAGCUUAAGGCGUCCCUUCAAGCACGCUGCGGUUUCAUUUGCAAGGCAGUAAGUCUCCCCGAAGUGGACCCCCCAGCCAUGCACCCAGCCAUGCACCCAGCCAACCCCUUUAGAAAGCGACACAGGAUACGGACGCGCUUGUGUGCCCGUAUGUUGGUCUGGGCGAGGAGGCGUGUGACAGGGAAGCCGGCGGACGGGCCCCCCUCCGAUUCCCAUGGAUCGGAUUACAGCCCUUCCACUCCACAGCCUCCAGACGGCUGCCUACAGUCCAAUCACUGUAAACCCAGCGCUCACUGGGGGACGCCUUUUCACAUUUUGAUUUGCCUCUGUCUUAUUUUAUCCUUUUUUUUCCAAGAGGCUCAUUCUGAUUUUUUAAAUCGUUCUCUGAGGAUAAAAAUGCCCUUCCGGCCGUAUGUCCCCGUGUUCUUCUGCCUUGAAGAGUAAAUCCGGGCGUGAGAGGGGAGAGAAGAAACCUCCCCACUCUUCAUCACACGCUGAUCGUAAACGGGGUAGAGAAAAGGGACCACCGCCAGCACUUCAUCUCAUUUGUUUAUUAUUUUCUGGCAAUCAUAAAUAUACAUCCCUGUUUCCAGGGAGGGAGGGCACAGUGGAGGAGAAGAAACGCCGAAAGUCACCAUCUCUUCAUUGGAAAUAAUUGAUUUUUUUUUCUCUUAUUUUAAUUUGGUCUACUAAAUAAUUUGUGAAAGGUGGAUUUGUUAACAUGGAGACGGUGGAAAAAGAGUGUGGAGCGCUUGGAGGGCUCUUCCAGGCAAUCGUUAAUGACAUGAAGUGCUCGUACCCAGUGUGGGAGGACUUCAAUGCCAAGGCCACCAAGUUACACUCCCAGCUCAGGACGACGGUACUGGCAGCGGUGGCCUUCCUCGAUGCCUUCCAGAAGGUGGCAGACAUGGCAACCAACACCAGAGGUGCUACACGAGACAUCGGGUCGGCGCUGACGCGGAUGUGCAUGCGGCACCGCAGCAUCGAAGCCAAGCUGCGUCAUUUCACAAAUGCCUUGAUGGAGAGUCUUAUCACCCCCCUGCAAGACCGCAUUGAAGAGUGGAAGAAGACAGCCAACCAGAUGGACAAAGAUCAUGCCAAGGAGUACAAGAGAUCCCGUCAUGAGAUCAAGAAGAAGUCCUCCGACACGCUGAAGUUACAGAAGAAGGCCAGGAAAGGUAGAGGAGACCUGCAGCCCCAGCUGGACAGCGCCAUGCAGGACGUGACUGACAUGUGCCUGCUGAUGGAGGAGAUAGAGAAGCAGGCUGUGCGCCGGGCGCUGGUGGAGGAGAGGGGGCGCUUCUGCACCUUCAUCAGCUUCCUGCAGCCUGUAGUGAAUGGAGAGAUCGCCAUGCUGGGGGAAAUCACUCACCUCCAGGGCAUUAUCGAUGACCUUGUGGUGCUGACCACCGACCCCCAUAAACUGCCCCCCGCUAGCGAGCAGGUGAUUAACGACCUGAAGGGGUCCGACUACAGCUGGUCUUACCAAACCCCCCCCUCGUCCCCCAGCAGCUCCGGCUCCAGGAAGAGCAGCAUGUGCAGCAGCGUAAACAGCGCCCACAGUAGUGCUUCCCGCUCCUCCAGCGGCUCACAGACUCACUCUCCCAGUUCGUCCUAUCGCUACCGCAGCCUGGCCCAGCCACCGCGAGGGGGGGCCCAGCGCCUCAGCAGUGUCUCCUCCCAUGACUCGGGCUUCGUAUCACAGGAUGCCAACAUCUACUCGAAACCGCCGUCGCCUAUGCCCUCUGACAUCACCAGCCAGAAGUCCUCCAGCUCGGCCUCUUCUGAAGCUUCGGAAACCUGCCAGUCGGUCAGUGAGUGCAGCUCGCCUACCACGUUUGGCUUGACCUUCUCUACCUUCCGCCCUGCUCUCUCUCACAAUGGUUCCAACAAGCCUCUACCUCUCAUACUGUCUGCAUCCCUACCCUAUAAUUGCUCCCCUGGAUCCAAUAAUUCAUCUCCCACAUCAAAGGUUCCUUGUUGGAAGGACUGGUCCAAACCAGUUCCCUAUGAACAGCCAUUGGUCAAUACGCUACAGCGCAGAAAGGACCCGCCAGAGCGCCUAAGAGAGCCGGAAGCCUGUCCUGCUCCCCAGCCGUACACUGGGAUACAUCCAGAAGAUUCCCAGAGGCCUAGAAUGUCUCCAGCCACAAUUGCUGCCAAGCACGGGGAGGAGGGCCCCCCCGCCGCCGGCGAUCUUGCUAUGCUGCUGACGAGAGGCCUGGGCGUGGAGCAGCAGACGAGCAGCCACGACUCGCUGCAGUUCUCCAGCGGAUACAGCACGCAGACCCCCACGCCCUCCUGCUCGGAAGACGCCAUCCCUUCACACGUGUCCGAGUACGAAUGUUACUCCGUGAACGGCGACACUGAAGUGGAGGUGCAGGCCGACUUCGAUAAGUCCUCCACCAUUCCGCGUCACAGCAACAUCGCUCAGAACUACCGGCGCAUGAUCCAGACCAAGAGGCCGGCCAGCACCGCGGGUCUGCCCAGCGGCAUGGGGGCCCAGGCCGGGCCACCCGGAGGAGGGGGCGGGGGAGGUGGUCUGGGUACCCCAGGGACGGCCACCAUUCGGCGGACCCCGUCCACCAAGCCCGGGGUGAGACGCACCCUAUCCAGCGCGGGCCCCAUCCCCAUCCGACCGCCCAUCGUGCCAGUGAAGACGCCGAAGGUGCCCGACUCCCCAAGCCACACGGGACCGUCGGCGUGGGCAGGCAGUGAAGAGUGUGUCUUCUACACGGACGAGGCCUCGCCUGGAGCGCCCGAGUUCAGCAGGGCGUCGCCGAAGCGCAUGAGCCUGCCCAACACGAUGUGGGGGUCCGGUGGGGGCCUGGAGACGGGCGUCUACACCCAGCAGCUCGAGGAGGACCAGCUGCUCGCCGCCAACCGCCACAGCCUGGUGGAGAAGAUCGGCGAGUUGGUGGCCAGCGCCCACGCCCUGGGAGAGGGCCAAUUCCCCUUCCCCUCGCUGCCAGAUGAGCCCACGCAAGACCCCCAGCCCUCGGAGGGAGAGGACAUGCUCGUCUCGAUCCGCCGUGGGGUCCGACUCCGCAAGACCAUCUCAAACGACAGGUCUGCGCCCAGGAUUUUGUGAUCGGGCCCCGGGACCAGACCGGCCGGCACCAAGGAGUCUGUGCCACUGACUUUAUAGAGAAUAUAACGUUUGUGAAGAUAACAAGAAUAAAUAAGUAAUUAAAAGAAAUGAAUGAAUAUUAAUAAUUAAUGAAGCGUUGAAGGCUCAGGCCUCUGUAAAUGUCGUCUCUAUGGACGCAUGUUUUCUAAUUAAUGCCACUGGUACUUUGACUGUAGAGAAGUGAUGAGCUGCUUAGGAGUAUUUUGUGUAUUUCCUGCCAGGCUGUUCACCACCACCCCCGCACUCCAGAAAUUCCCUGACAUCUGACCCCUAGGAGGCACAGAUGACAGGUCAUUAGGGGACAGGCUGAAAUCAUGCAAGAAAAAGCCCUCCCCACUUUGUCUGUGUCCGUGUGUGUGUGUGUCUGUCAGACUGGGAAGGCCUCUCCAGAUGGUCUCACUACGGGCAACGAAACUAGCCAUCUUUUUUGCUGAACUAGAGUAACAAUUUCCUGGAAGAAAUUGAUUUAUAAACCUUUAGGGUUGUUUUUUUUAAUUAUAACCUUUUGGUAAUUAUAAGGCAUUUGAAAGCAUAUGUAGACUAUUACCCUGCUUCGUAUCGUAUGUCGGUCUUAUAGGCCCUUUAGUAUGUCUUAAUGCAGACUUUGGUAAUUUGAAGGUGAAUUCCCAUAAUGGCCACCAGAUGGCAGUAAGGCCUCAUCGUGUGUCGCGUGGCGUAGUGAUUGUUUUCUGUGAAGUAUGUCGUAUACAGAGUAAUUCAUAUGAUGCGAUAGGGAAAGGGAAGUGCUAUGCAGAGCAAGAUUACAGAUAGAGGAGCGGAAGAUCUUUUCAGGAGGUUAAGAAAGCGGUGAAUAUACUUGUGUAGAGGGGAGUAAUUUCCUUCAUUAUCAGGUUCUUGAACGGGGUGCACAUUUUGCUGUGUGAGCAAGUUUUCCUGGGUUUAGCCGUGCUGUGAGGGUUGUGAGAGCGCAGACUGGGUGGGAAAUGAGGUUUCACUGUUGUUUCGAACUGCUCUGAUACUGAGAAGAUAUAAGAAUGGACUGCAGAAAAUAAGACUUUCGCCGAAAUUGCCGUAUUUACAGAAAUGUAGCAUCGGAGCAGAUUGUGACUGAUCCAUUCCUGUGUGAGAUAAUGAGUGGCUAUGAAUCCUUCUUAUGCAAGGAUAUAUAGGGGAUGUAAAGAUGUUUUAUCUGGUUAUUUAAAGCCAAAGUAUGUUCUGUACAGUUUGAAAGAAGCUGUUAAGGACGGAGAACAGAGCCCACAUUGUUUUUGCGUUUAGAGGAAACUUAAAAUACUUAGAUGAUUAAAGCAAUGCAAGAAUGCCAAGCACAUUUUUUCAGUGCUGUGAACUGGCUCUGGUAGAGGAAUGUGUGGCGGAAAUUGCACGUGUGUGGAUGUGUUUGUGUUGUAGGAGGUGGGGUUGGUGGAGACCGGCAGCUGGGUACAGCGGUGAUAGCUGCCAGUCAGGAGGCCAGCAGGUGUUAGAUCAUAUCAUUACACUGAAGCACAGGCCACCGCCUUGUACAUAAAUGCGAAGAUGAAGUCUAAUUGUACAAGUCGCAAAUGUUUUUGACACUGAUAUUGUAUAGAGAAUUCUGGAAAAAAAGGAAAAGGGAUAUGUCCACUAUAUUGGAGCAAGAACAGCAAUAUAACUAAUGUAUUUUUGAGUGAAUGAAAGAGCAUAUAAUUAAAUUUAAGUAAAACGAACACAGCAGUUGGGUCAGUGAUCACGCCAGAGUAUAUUUUGCCUGUGACUUGUUUUAUUUUCAUCUGUUUUUGCGUUUACUUGGACCAAAAUAAUGGAUGAAUUUGGUCGUUUAAUUAGGGAGCGGCCAAAGGGGUAAGGAUGGAUCCGGCGCUGUCCCAGUGAGGCUCCGCAGGGCUCACAUGUGACACGGCACCCCGGCCGAUUCUCCCCAAGUGCUUUCAGCACAAUCUAUUAAGUGCUUACAAGGAGCGGCCCGCUAUAAGUGUAUACUGAUUACGGACCAAUAUAACGGCUUUUCCCCCCAGAGUCGACGGCCCGUUUGCCCACCUGUAUUGACUGCAGGUGUCGUGUCAUUAAGAGGAAUCCCCCUCUGAUUAAGCCCUGAUGACACUAACGGGGUAACAUUAGCGGUAAUUGAUUUCCCGACCCCGGCUGACAGCGGGACAUAGGGCUUAUUGCUCAGCCCUGCUCACAGCUCAUCAGCAACAUGCCGCAUCCCAAAGCCGCACUUCAGUCUGCUUCAAAAAAACAAGACAGGUUAGCGUAUAGUUCGAUCCAUGUAAAAGAAACAUAUCCAUUGCCUUGUAAUCACAUUAGGACUUCAUUUUACUUGCCUCUGCUGUGUAACAUUGUAGAUAACAAAGAAAAUAACUUAAAUAACUCAGUGGUGUUUUGUUGUAUAUAGACCACGUUACUCUAAAGGUAACCCCAAAAUUAAUUCUACUGUCGUUCUUAUACGCAUGGCUCUCAUUGGCUUGCGAUGGACACGUGACUGUGCCUCUGCGUGCUUAUUGGUGUCCGAGCUCAACUAUCGGUCGCGGGCAACGGGAACGUUCCUGUAAACAGUACUACUCCUGUCUUUGACUGUUGUUCCUUCUAGGUGAUCUGUCUGUGCUCUAUGUGACGGUAGCCUCUCUCCUCUUAGGGCAGAAAUUGGUCAUGAGAUUGGGUCACGUCUUGUGUGUGUGUG